AUGAUAAGUGUAAUUCUUAUAUCCCUGGUUUUGUUUCUUCUGAGUGCACAGUUCCUGAAUUUGCAAUGGAAGAGUCGUGGAUUUCCUCCUGGACCAACUCCAUUUCCCAUCAUUGGAAGCAUCUGGUGGAUAAACUUUAGAGCUGAUCAUGGGAGCCUGAAAAAGCUGGCAAAAACCUAUGGCAACAUCUGCACCCUGUGGAUGGGUCACAGACCUAUGGUGGUGCUCUAUGGGUUCCAAGCCGUGAAGAACGGUCUCACCAACAACUCGGAGGAUGUUUCAGGGCGACUGCAGACCAUCAUUUUCAACAAAAUGUCAAAUGGAAAGGGUAUCUUGGUAUCAAAUGGUCUCAUCUGGAAACAACAGAGACAUUUUGGAAUUGGAACUCUCCGAAAACUGGGAAUGGGGAAUAAAGGAAUGGAGCGUGGGAUACAAACUGAGGCCCAUUACCUGGUGGAGUUCUUCAGAGACAAGGAGGGAGAAGCUGUGGACCCUUCCUUUCCCAUUGUCCAUGCUGUCUCCAAUGUGAUUUGUGCUGUGGUUUUUGGACAUCGGUUCUCCCUAGAGGAUAAAACUUUCCGCCAGCUGAUUGAAGCCUUCAAUCAUAUAGUGGCUUUUGGGAACAGCUACUUUUAUUAUAUAAGUGAAGUGUUCCCGUGGUUUGUAGAGCACCUCCCAGGACCUUUACGGACAGCAAAAAUUUCCCGGGAUUUUGUUCAUUCCUUUGUAAGGCAGGAAAUCAAAAGCCACAGGGAAAAAGGCAGAACAGAUGAACCAGAAGAUUUCAUUGACUUUUACCUGAAGCAGAUAGAGAAAACUAAAAAAGUCCCCAGUUCUACGUUUGACGAAGACAACAUGGUGCAGUCAGUUUUUGACCUUUUCCUGGGUGGCUCAGAGACCACAGCCACCACUCUGCGCUGGGCUCUGCUCUAUAUGUUGGUUUACCCUGACAUCCAAGACAAAGUCCAGAGAGAGCUGGAUACUGUUCUGAGUCCUUCCCAUCUCAUCUGCUAUGAGGAUCGGAAGAAGCUGCCCUACACAAAUGCUGUGAUUCAUGAGAUUCUCCGCUUCAGCAGCAUUAUAUUAAUCACACUUCCCAGAGAAGCUGUGAAGGAUACCACUCUUUUGGGGUAUCAUGUUCCAAAGGGCACUCUAAUCAUGGCAAAUGUAGACUCAGCUCUUUUUGACCCUGCCUAUUGGGAGACACCUCACCAGUUCAACCCUAGCCAUUUCUUAGACAAGGGUGGAAAUUUUGUGACCCGAGAGGCCUUCUUAGCCUUCUCAGCAGGUCACCGUGUUUGUCUGGGAGAGACAAUAGCCAAGAUGGAGCUUUUCAUCAUGUUCUGCAGCCUGUUGCAGAAAUUCAAGUUCACUGUACCAGAAGGAGUUAAGGAAAUCAACACAGACAUUAUCUUUGGGAGCACCAUGAAACCCCAUCCAUACAAGCUCUGUGCAGUUCUGCGCUAGGUUGCUCAGCAUUGGAGAUUUAAGAGGCACAGGCACAGGUUUGGUAGUGUGCUAGGAUUUGUGCAGCUUUAUGGUUCUCAUUUUUAGCUCAGAUUCAGUGCAAAUCUCUCCUUGUUGUAUGCCUUAGAAGCCAGCCCUGAAAAAUACUCUGGUUUUCCUGUGUCUGGAAAGUGUCUGUAUUUCUUUUUUUUUGUUUUUUUCCUGCUGUGUUACAAAUGAAAUAAAUGUAGACAAUUAUUGCUCUGUCUAGUCUUACUGGAAACUUGUCAGAAUUUUACUGGAGGGAGGAGGAACAUGAGAGGAAGAUUCUGAGCAGUCUUCCCCUGCAUUCUCAAAUCCAGAAUGGUGUGUUUGGAAUGCUGUUCCCAGAGGUGGUGGCUCUGGGCAUUACCAAAACUCCCAGGUAUGGUUACUUGGGAGCACAAAGCUGUGGAGGAGCACCUCGACUUGCUGGGAG